ACCAGAAAAGUCACAGAAAGAAUGCUUUAUCUCUAGUUUAAGAAAACCUUUUAACCAAAUAUUUAAAGUCACGGCUUCAUCAGAAAACUAUGCAGAACGGGCUUCAUAUUUUCCAUUGAAGUUAGAAAAGAAGAGGAAGAAGAAGAAGAAGAAGAAGAAAGAAUUAAGCUCCAAGAUAUAGAAUAGAGUUUGCAUCAACAUGGCAGUUCAAGGGGUUCAAUUGCAUGUUGAAGAUCAUCGUGUGAUGAUGGACAAUGGAUUACUCCAAGUCACAUUGUCGAACCCAGAUGGAAUUGUUACAGGAAUACGAUAUAAUGACAUUGACAAUUUGCUUGAAAUUCUCAACGACGAAUCAAAUAGAGGGUAUUGGGAUCUGGUUUGGAGCACACCAGGAAGUUCAGGAACAAGUGGAAUAUUUGAUGUGAUAAGAGGAAGCAGUUUUAGGAUAAUAGUGGAAAACGAGGAACAAGUGGAGUUGUCGUUCACAAGGACAUGGGAUCCCACACAAGAAGGAAAGGCUGUGCCAUUGAGUAUAGAUAAAAGGUUCAUAAUGCUUCGCGGUUGUUCAGGUUUUUACACAUAUGCCAUUUAUGAGCACCAGAAGGAAUGGCCCGCUUUCAACCUUGAUGAGACCAGAAUUGCAUUCAAACUCAGAAAAGACAAGUUUCAAUAUAUGGCGGUGGCUGAUAAUAGGCAAAGAUUUAUGCCCCUUCCCGAUGAUCGACUACCCCCAAGAGGUCAAGCCCUGGCCUAUCCAGAAGCAGUCCUGUUUGUAAAUCCAGUUGAACCGGAGCUCAAAGGGGAGGUUGAUGAUAAGUACCAAUACUCAUGUAAUAACGAAGAUAUUGGGGUCCACGGAUGGAUAUCGACGGACCCACCCGUGGGGUUUUGGCACAUUACACCCAGCAAUGAGUUUCGAUCUGGUGGUCCUCUUAAACAAAACCUCACUUCCCAUGUUGGCCCCACCAUCCUUACGGUAUUUCUCAGCGCUCAUUAUGCGGGAGAGGAUUUGGUGCCCAAAUUUGGAGCUGGAGAACAAUGGAAGAAAGUUUUUGGACCUGUUUUUAUAUAUCUCAAUUCUCCAUUUGAUGGAAAUGAGUCUGACCCCAUAGCUGAACUAUGGGAGAGUGCUAAAACACAGAUGACCAUUGAAGUACAAAGUUGGCCCUACAGUUUUCCAGAUUCAGAGUAUUUUCCUAAGUCAGAUAAUCGUGGGAAUGUUAGUGGAAGACUACUUGUACGAGAUAGAUAUAUUAGCAAUGAGGACAUGUCGGCAAAUAGUGCAUACAUUGGGUUGGCCCCACAAGGAGAAGUUGGUUCGUGGCAAAGAGAGUGCAAGGAUUACCAAUUUUGGAGCAAAACAGAUGAAAAUGGCUAUUUCUCCAUCAACGAUGUUCGUAUUGGCGACUAUAAUCUUUAUGCAUGGGUCCCUGGUUUUAUUGGAGAUUAUCGUCACGAUGAAAUUGUUACCAUAACCUCAGGGAGUGACAUAGAUAUGGGUGAUCUUGUAUAUGAGCCUCCAAGAAAUGGGCCAACAUUGUGGGAAAUAGGCAUCCCUGACCGAUCUGCUGCGGAAUUUUAUGUUCCUGAUCCCAAUCCAAAAUAUAUUAACAAACUUUAUCUCAAUCACCCUGAUAAGUUUAGGCAGUACGGACUUUGGGAAAGAUAUGCAGAAUUAUAUCCUGAUAAGGACCUGGUUUACACAGUUGGUGUUAGCGACUACACUAAAGAUUGGUUUUUUGCUCAGGUUACCAGAAAGAAAGAUAAUAAUACAUAUCAAGGAACAACAUGGCUUAUCAACUUCAAGCUUGACAAUGUGGAUAAAAGUGGUAUCUAUAAGCUGAGACUAGCACUGGCAUCUGCUGCUUUCUCUGAAUUGCAGGUUCGAGUAAAUGAUCCAAAAGCAAAUCCUCCUCUAUUCAGCAGUGGAUUGAUAGGGAGAGACAAUUCAAUUGCAAGACACGGCAUUCAUGGACUUUACUGGCUAUACAAUGUUAAUAUUUCCGGAGCUCGGCUUGUAGAAGGAGAUAAUACAAUCUUUUUGACACAACCAAGAAGCAGCAGCCCUUUUCAAGGAAUUAUGUAUGAUUAUUUACGUUUAGAAGGUGCACCCUCUUGAAGUGCUUAAAAACAUAUUAAGAUUUCAAUUUCAGUAAAAUAUCAAGUAUACG